AAGUCGGUUUCCUUGCCCUGCCGUGUUUCUGAAGCGUGAGGCCGUGGUGGAGGCUGGCAAGGAGCGGAGGAGCGCCGGCCAACAUGCAGCUCCCGGUCAGAUGUAGCAGGAGGAUUUUCCUGGCUGUUUGUGUAAUCCUCUUUGUGGGAUGCACAGUGCAAGGUGCCCCCGCGCACAGGGCGCGCUACAAGCGGGUGCGGUGCCGGCCCGACGCCUGGUCCCCCAACUGCGUGGAGGAGAUGGGGCCCCGGUUCCAGCUGCCCGACGACGCGGCCAACAGGAUCCUGCCGCCCCUGGCCAACCCUGCCCUGAUGAAGAGGUACCAGGAGCUGGGCGACAUCUUCCCGCUCUCCGAGGAGCAGUCGGGCUCGGGCUGGGAGCCGGCGCUGGAGCCGGGCUCGGGCUCGGGAGCUGAGGCCGUUCCCGCCAUCCGGUCCGCACACCGCCCAGAUCUGCCGGCGGGGCUGGGGCAGCGGCUGCAGGAGGAGGCCCUGCUGCCGUAGCGCCUCGGCGCCGUGACGGACGGUCCCCGACCCAUCCCCUGCUCAAUAAAACCGCUGUCUUACAACCCUC